GAUAAGGAUAAAAACAGCAACACCAGACAUAGGGAAAACAAUAAGUGAAAUGAUUCCUAGAACCAAGAGUCUUCGCCCUUUCUCAAUUACGUAGUGUCCGGUAUCUUCUCGGCAUUUUUUUUUCCCCCCCCUCGAAGGCUGGUAAUUGGUAAUUAGCUAGCCAAGGAUAAAACCAGAGGUUUGGGAGAGUCUGGGGCAUUUUGGAGCGAGAUGGCUAGCAGCAUGGUUGUAUCCCUCCUUCAAGGAUUCCUACUUCUGACUCUCUGUGGACCCUCACUCCAAGGAGGUCCCUACGUACCUGCUGGAGUUGGCUCCCUUUACCCAGGAGCUGGAGGGAUACCAGGUUACAAGCCGGCAAAACCUGCAGCUGGGCUUGGGGCUGGAGGUGUUGGAGGUGUUGGAGGUGGUUACUACCCAGGAGGGUAUGGAGUGGGGGUCAGACCUGGGGUACCUGGCCUGGGAGGACUGGGUGGAGCUGGAGCAGGAUACAAAGCUGCUAAAGCAGGUCUUGGGCAAGCUGGUCUGGGGGCGGGAAGGAUCCCACAGCUCUAUCCUGGCGUAGGUGGAGGACUCGGCACUGGAUAUAAACAGAAGCCAGGACAACUACCUGGCACUGGAGUAGGUGGGCAACCAGGUGGUGGAGUCCCCGGUGGAGUAGGUCCUGGAGCUGUCGUGCCAGGAGGUGGGGUUGGAACUGGAGUGCAGCCUGACGUAUCCACAGGUGCUGUAAUCCCACAAACUGGGCUCCGUCCUGGAGUGGGGGCUGGGAAGCCCCAAAAGGUACCAGGUGUUGGGGUCCCAGGUGCGUACCCUGGCGGGCUUGUUCCAGGCACAGGUCUGAGGUACCCAGGAGCAAAUGGAGUGAUCCCUGGAGUCCCCACUGGGACUGGAGUCAAGCCAAAAGCAGGUUUGGGUGGAUAUGGUCAACGGCCAGGAGUCCCGUUUGGAUACCCUAUCAAAGCUCCAAAAGCACCGGUUUACAGCCACUACCAGCUCCACUAUGGGUACCCAGGGUACGGUUACAAUGGUUACCGUCCACAGGUCAUGUAUGGUGGCUAUGGAUCACCUUAUGGUGGAACUGUGCCCUAUGGUUACGGUGGUUUGGGAGCUGGGUUAGGAGGAGGAGUCGGAGCUGGAUCAAAGCCAGGAUACCCCACAGCAAAUGGUGUUGGAGCCCAGGUUGCAGCUCAGGCCCAAGCAGCAGCCAAAGCCGCUAAAUAUGGUGGUGGCGUUCCCGGGGGUGGUGUCUAUCCAGGGGCAGGAGGAGUUCCUGGUUUUUACCCUGGAGCAGGAGUCUACCCUGGAGGUGUUGGAGCCCAGGCAGCAGCCAAAGCUGCUAAAUAUGGAGCUGGUGGCGGCCUUGUUCCUGGAGCUGGAGUGGGAGUCUACCCUGGAGCCGGUGGAGUGGGAGUCUACCCUGGAGGUGUUGGAGCCCAGGUUGCACCUCAAGCUCAGGCCCAGGCAGCAGCCAAAGCUGCAGCUAAAGCUGCUAAAUAUGGGGCUGGUGGCGGCCUUGUUCCUGGAGCUGGUAUUCUUCCUGGAGCUGGAGUGGGAGUCUACCCUGGAGCCGGUGGAGUGGGAGUCUACCCUGGAGGUGUUGGAGCCCAGGCAGCAGCCAAAGCUGCUAAAUAUGGAGCUGGUGGCGGCCUUGUUCCUGGAGCUGGAGUGGGAGUCUACCCUGGAGCCGGUGGAGUGGGAGUCUACCCUGGAGGAAUUCCUCAGCUUGGUGCUAAACCUCCGAAAUACGGUGCUCCCCUUCAACCUGGAGCAGGUGUUCUUCCCGGAGGGGGCGUUCUUCCCGGAGCGGGUGGAGUAGGAGUCUACCCUGGAGGAAUUCCUCAGCUUGGUGCUAAACCUCCAAAAUAUGGGCCCGGUGUUGUUCCUGGAGCUGGUCUUGGUCCUGGACCUGCUGUUGUUCCUGGAGCUGGGGGUGUUGCAGGGCUACCAACUGGAGCAGGGUUACCUCAAGCUGGUGGCCCAACACUAACCCCUGGGGAAAUUCAAGUUCCAGGCGGACCGACGGGUGUAACCGCUGGGGGCAAGCCUUCAAAACCCAUUGGUACAGGGGUUGUACAGCCAGGUGUUGGUGCAGGGGUCCUGCCUGGUGUCGGAAUUGGUCCAGGAGGUGUUCAGCCUGGCACUGGGGUCCUGCAGCCUGGGGUAGGAACGGGACUGGUUCAGCCAGGUGUCGGUACAGGACUUAUUCAGCCAGGUGCUGGAGCUAAACCUCCAAAACCUGCAGGUGGAUAUCCUUAUGGCCAGGUGUAUGGAGCAGGUGGAUACCCCUAUGUGCCAGGACUGUACCAGCCUGGCGCCAAAACAGGUGGAUAUCCUUAUGGCCAGGUGUAUGGAGCAGGCAUUGGAGCUGUUCCAGGAGUAGGAGUCCAGCCUGGAGUGGGGAUUGGGGUCCAGCCUGGAGCAGGUGUGAGGUAUCCAACUGGUGUAGGACUGGGAGGUAAAGGGCCCAAACCAGGCUACAGUGGUGGUUUACAAGCAGGUGGAGUCCCAGGUUAUGGUGGCUAUCCACAGGCUUACCCAGGUAUGUGCUUAAACUUCAUAUACAGUAUCAAGGUCACAGCCAAGUUACUCAGGCAUGUUAUAUAAUGGAAUAUAGCAGUG